AUGAGGGUGGAUCUUGAUCAAAUCGAGUUCUACCAUGGCCCAAGUCGCCCGCCGCUUUCUACCAAUGCAAAAAGCGUGUCCCCCAACUACGCCCCAGCUCAUGUGCCACGGUACCUCCAGCAGUCUUUUCCCACUGGGCUCGGCUUCUGUCCAGGACCUUAUGAGGCACCCCUGGGACAAACACCGCCACUGACCGGUACAACUCAUCAGUGGAACAUAUUUGACUUCGAAAUCAAUCAUGUUUAUGGACCUACUCCGCCUGAAAUGACGAAAGAUGUCGGGCCCCCAGUGACAACAGAUAUACCAGCUGCCGAUGAUAUUCUGUUGGAUCGUGGAAGUACUGCGCUGGCUUCCUCAGAGCCAGUGCCAUCGAUAGACCCCGCGAGAACCAUUUCGUGUCCUGCAGGGCUAAAUCAUCCAGACCCUAUCCCUCCUGAUAUGCGAGGAGAUGAUCUGCCGGACGCUGUUCCUGAUGCCCAGGAAAUGGAGACUUCUCAACUAUCGUGCACACCCUGUGUGACCGCACCCGAGCCUACACCCGAACAAGCGAACUGUGUCUCUAGCAACCUGUCUGUGGUGGGUGAUUUUCAGCAAGAAUCAGCCAAGCGGAAGUUAUCUACCAUGGAACCCUCAGACAAUUCAGACAGUGUGGACUACGAAAAUGAUUCGGAGCCGAGUCAGACAUCUAACUUAGGUGGAAAUCUAUGCUCAAGGGCAAACAAGGCUUCUGGGCGGGCUGAAGAUCCCAGCACUGCUGAAGACACGCCAGCCAGAUCUAGGCCAACCUCUCCGCCGACGGCUCGCUCUACAUCAAAACUUUCUCGAGCUCGAACGACACCAAGUUCCAAACCCCCGACAAGCACAAGGGCCGCUGCGGCAAUAUGCAAGAAGCGACUCCGCUCAGGUCGAGGCACCGGCGACCACCAAGACGAGAACACCCCCUAUGACACAGCACAGCCGUGUCAAAAGAGGAAGAAAAGGAGACCUUCAAUCAGACCACUUUCCGAGCCUGCGGAAUCUUCCGUUCCCAUUUCAUCUCAUCGCUCGGGUGCUAUCCAGGGUGUACAUGGUAGUGCUAUCCUCACGGUCGAGUCUAAUACUGGUCUGAAACCGGCAUAUUUCUUUACUUUCGUACCCGACCCUAGCCCGAUGCUGCCUCCCGCCCACACGGCGGUUAUCCCCCCUUUGAAACACACGUACACGUCGGACGAGAAUGCGCUGCUCGUGCGGCUGAAAGAAAAAGAGGCAAUGUCAUGGUCUGAGAUUACGACUCACUUCCCAGGUCGAAACAUGUCAUCCCUUCAAGUUCACUAUUCAACCAAAUUACGCCACAAGGUCAGCUCUCGGUCUGGAAGACCGAAGAAACGCCAAUGA